CUUCGUUAAGCUCAUCUUCCUAUCGUUCUCCUGCGCAUCGUAAAUCUAUUCUCAGAUUUCGCACAGUGCUCUCCAGAUCUUUUACACGAGAACAUUAGACGUUCAAACGGCCUAAGCGUCUAAAUUUACGUAGCUGUCGGAUUGACCAAGCCACCAUCUCGAAAAGAUCUCGCGUCGGCCGAGUCGUCUUUCUUUUCGGACCGCCCUGUAUAUACAUUCGCAGCAGGUAGGCUGCUUUUCUAGUGCCGUCAAUGACGAUCCGUCCCGUAGUCUCGCAUCGUAGCUCGCGUGAGAACCCGCGUUUCCUCGCGCUCGUCCCGUCCUCCGUAUCGCGGACGGGAAGAAGCCGCUACACCGUGAAAUAUAUCAGCUUUAUCGUUCAGUGCGAUAGCCGAAAGUCAAUGCAAUCGUCACCGAUAACAGUGCCAUAUUUGAUCUGUAUGGAUUUCCCGUAUUACGUUGCGCGAGACCCACGUUGCAAGCUCUCGGCUAAAAGAUAUUAUAGCGCGAUAUUACAGCUGACAUUUAUUCUGCGUGUUUGUAUCCCCUCGUCGAAGGAUUGCGCAAACGGACUGUAAUAAUACAUCGUUACAUCGCAUCGCGUCGCGUCGAGUCGCGUCGCACGCACGAAGAUAAUUCGGUGACGCCGCGCCGGCGGAAAAAUUCCGUUGUUUGAUAUUCUAACGGUUGCAUCUGUGUAGAGAGAUACGCCCUUUUGUUCAAACGCCCCUCGUUCAAACAAUCUCAGCCGGAUCGAAUUGUCGACUGGGGAUUAUCGGAGUAAAGUUCGAAAAAAGAACGCGUGUGAUGUAGUAGAAUACAAUUUUCUGUCGGCAUCAGGCAGCAGAACGGAAACGCGCGCGUGUUGCAUGUCGGAGCAUUGAAGGCCUUUAAUAAUCGGUUCACUCGAAGCAAGUACUGAUCACACCACGCUGCACAUUCUCCGAAACCAUAGACGGGUCCACAGACGGACCAUGAGACUCGUCGACGCAAAGGGGUUAAUGUCUCCCCCUGUCGCAUCGCUAGAAGCCGAGCCAAGACCUGCCUUAUCGAGGUGCCUUAUCGGCGUCUCCUUCCCCGACGCUCUCUCGCGCGCUCGCUGUGAAUGCGAUUAUGCUGCUCGAGACGAGAAGGUCGCCGCCAAGUCAUAGACAGUAUCACAUAUAUCCUCGUUUCCGUAGUUCGCGGUAUCGCUGUGGUCACUGGACGUUUGACGGGGCCUGUCAUAAGAAGAAGCCAAGUCGAUUCAGUGCGAUCCUCGACGAGUCCGCGGCGAAAGGUCGAAGAUGCGCCGGCCGAACUCCAUCGCGUGGUGCACGCUUCUGCUGGUCGUCGCCUACGCGACGGAAACUCAGGGAAUCCCCACGAUCCAAAAGCAGAAUGACAACACAGUGCCGUACGAGCCCUACGUCAACUUCACCGACACGUGGGAUCGCGACGGGAAUUCCACGAGGGGCCGCAACGACUCAGUGCAGCACGAGUUUCACAGUGACUACACGAAGAACUCCCGCAAACCGGACGAUCAGGAUGCGCUGACCAAGCUCUUUAACAAUUGCACGAAACCCGACGCGUUGCUUCGUCUACAGAAUAAUUCCAAAGAAGACAGCUGGCGGAAGAUUUGCAACGGUACGGCCUGCAUCCCGAUUUGUUGCGAGCUGGGCUAUCGCAUGAUCAAGGACGUAUGCGUCCCCGACGACGGUGAUUAUCCAUUCCCGGAUGUGCUGAACGUAGGCAAGAAGGUGAACGAUGUCUUCGACCUGGUCGUGUCGGAUCCCUGCUCUGUACACGGGCGCUACUCGCUCGACAACAUCCUUUAUCCCAGCGAUGAGUACGUGGUCCUGUCCGACGGUUCGAUAUAUCAGCCGGAGCCGUGCAUUUUCAUCGAUCCGGCAACCUACUGCUUUGCUGUCCUUAACAAGAGCAAGUACGAACUGACCAUGUGCUUCGACGAAACGAGUGUGCCCGUCAAAGAGCUGGAGUUCAGCGGCAUACCCAUCGGCAUCAUAGUGUCCUUGCCGUUCUUGCUGAUGACGUUCGUGGUGUACACCAUACUGCCGGACCUCUGGAACAUGCACGGCUACACACUCCGCGGAUACGUUGGCUCGUUGUUCGUCGCGUAUACGGUCCUCGCGUCGUUCCAGCUGACCACGCCGAGCACGUUAUCGACUGCUGUCUGCAUCGGAUCGGCCUUCGUCAUUCACUUCUCAUUCUUGGCGAGCUUCUUCUGGCUGAACGUGAUGUGCUUCGAUAUUUGGUGGACGUUUGGAGGAUUCCGCUCGCUGCAGGGAAGUGUGAAGCAACGGGAGAGAAAAAAGUUCAUCAUGUAUUCGAUCUACGCGUGGGGCUGCGCCUCCAUUCUCACUAUCGUCUGUGCCAUUAUGGAUUUCGUUCCCACCGUGCCGGAAACCUUCAUCAGACCAGAAUUCGGCGCAGUAAGAUGUUGGUACAAGACGGAUAAAGCAAGGGCGGUGUAUUUUUAUGGACCCAUGAGCGUUACUAUUAUCUGCAACAUCUGCCUGUUUAUUUCCACGGCGUUGAAAAUCGUGCGGCACAAAAAAGACACGGCCCAUCAUCUGAGAAGCUCGGAGAGCAGACGUCACGACGACAACAAGCAAUGGUUCAAUCUGUACCUGAAGCUGUUCAUCGUUAUGGGUAUAAAUUGGUCCAUGGAAAUAAUAUCGUGGGUGUUCAAGAAAGCGCCGCCAUACGUCUGGUAUCUGAGCGAUCUGACAAAUACUCUACAGGGUCUCAUCAUCUUUAUCAUAUUCGUCUGGAAAGAUAAGAUAAAGAGACUGUUGCUGAGACGAUUUGGCUGCCAGGAACGCGGUUUAUUCUCCGGGAACUCAACGCGCAGCGGUUGCCACAGCUCGGCCUCGCGCACCUGCACCACGUCGGGAGUGAUGUCUCUUCAGGAAAAGAUCAGCCCUUAUGUACAGACAAACUGCCGCGCGAAGAAUGCGUCCGAAGUGACCAAUCGCCCUUAGUAUAACGCAAAGGUUUCUUUCGUACGCGAAUCGCGGUCGAUAAUCGGCGAUUAAUUUGAUGGUGCCGUAAUUUCAUUUUACGGUCAAGCAUCAAUUUUACAUUAUUAUCUGUUGAUCUCUCUUUCUCCCUUCACUCACUCUCUCUCUCUUUCUUAUCUACAGAGUGUCUGAUAGCUAAUGACGUAAUAACACCCGUGUAUAAGUAUAGCAUAUCGAACUAUACAGGACAUUUUAUAUUAUUUUACAGAUUUCGUAAUAAUUAUGAAGAAAUUAAUUAAUUAAAAAAAAAAACAUCAACGAAGGAUUGCGCAGAAAGCGGUAAGCCGAGCUUCGCAAGAAGGCCUCGUUCAAAAUACUCGGAAUUGUUUGACAAUCUUCUGACAAUGGCAGACGGCCCAUGAUGCUGGAUUGCACGUCUUCAUGGUCCAUUAUUAGAUCGUCCGCCGUUACUAAAUUGUCAACGUACUCGAGACAUCUUGAAUGAGAACUGCCUACCGUUUUUCGUACGUUUAUUUGCUGUUAUUUUUUAGUUGAUAUCUCUUGGGACUCCUAAUGCACUGCCACGGUCAUCAUGCUUGAUGACGUCAGAAGCAAUGAAGCGCACGCCUGAACUUCUUGCGGCAUGCGUUGAAAUAAAAGAAUAUGUCCCUGAUGUGACACUUGCGGCCGAUUUGGCACAUUUAGCAACAUGUUCCGAGAACUUUUCUUUUGCUCCGACUAUCAACAAACAAACGUAAAAUUAACGUAACGUGCGACCUGCUUUCUCAAUUUAUUUUUUCUUAUGAUUUUGUUACGUCGAUGCAUCUUCUCGCUUUUUCAAAUUAACCUCGACGAGAAAACAACUUGACGAUCUUAGUCCACUGAUCUUGAAGUGAGUCUCGACGAUUAUCUUAUUUCUAUUAUAUUUGGUCCAUCUCCCUUUAUUUAUAUAUUUUUCUUGAUUGUAACUUGCUCCAUUGGCGGGUGCUUGAUUUUGCGCUUGACUUUGUACUUGGCUGACUCGACAAAUCGGCGCGCUGUACUCAUUGUCGGAAUCUCCGCUGCUACUAGAAUCAUAACCCGAUCGAGAACUCCUUUUCCCAAGAAAUGUAUCGUUAAGUGCAACAUUCUUCCGAGAUGAGCACUCGUGUCGGAUAUUAGCCGUUGAAUUGCUGCGUUAUUCGCCGAGACGGUGGAACCUUUCGCGAAGAUUCAAUCGCAAGACCGACACUUGAAACGAUAUGACCGUGGUUUACCCUUUGAGACAAACGAGGAAACAUGAAUCUUAAUAAUUAUUGCGAUAUCUAUAAAAUGAUAAGAGACUUUCCUAUUCAGCUUGAUACGUCUUACAUGCGUAUGAGCGUCGAGUCGUUAUCACACGAGGAAAUAUGAGUCUUAAUAAUUAUUGCGAUAUCUGUAAAAUGAUAGGAGGCUUUCCUAUCCAGUUUGAUACAUGCGUUCUACAUGCAUAUGAGCGUCGAGUCGUUAUCACAUACUAUGUGGUAAUAUCUAGGGCUUCAAAUCAGUGGCACUCUGACUUUCAAGUGGCACAUACACUUGUUUUCUCUUCGUCUUUUAAUUCUUAAUCUUUAGUUAUGUAUUCUCUAUUAAUAUUUUAAGCCUUCACGAUUUAAAAUAUUAUAGAUUUUUUUAAUUUUUAUAUAACAUGAUUAGCAAUAUGUCUGAUGUUAUCAUUUCUUUAAUAUUCAUAGCGUUCCCCGAAAUUUCCAUGAAAUUAUCAUAUAAAACAUUACCUUAUGUUAGACAAACAUAAAGCAGACAAACAUAAACAUAUAUUAUUGUUGUAUUAGAGAUAAUGAUAGAGAAAAGAGUUUGAAGUCGUGCACCUGUCUCGUAAUUGUGAAUGUGUGAUCACCUAUAUGUAAGAUUAUUGUAACCAUUACUCGAUUUCAAUGUUUAUUUUUAUUUUUACGCUCAUUCCUGGAAGAUUCACAAUACUACCAUAAGUUACCAUGGAUUUAUUAUUAUUACCAUUCUUUAGUGAAGUAACAAAAGUAUGUUUUGUAGAACUUACCUACAUCAAAUGUAUGCCAUGCCAUAAUUUUGUACAAAUUUUACUUUAAUAUCACUUACAACACAAUUAAAACUUAAGUUUACAAUA